GAAGUCAGGUCAACGCUUGCAUGGUUGGCAAGCGAUACGAUGUUUUUUGCCGUAACAGUGCAAGCGAAACAGUUAUUAGACUUUUUCAAACAUAGAGGUUAGAACGUAACUAGUUGGAAUUAACGUCUAAAAGGAUGAACAUCACAUGCCGUCUAACACUGAAAUCCGCCUUAAAGUGGAGCAUUGUGUUUUGCGUGGCGGGGAUGUUCCUCUAUGUGAUAAAGAACGACCCAUCAGCGAUGAAUUUCGAGCAAGAGAAGCUGAGCCUGAGUCUGCAUCUGGAGAAUGGAUACGUGGACUCCACGACUACACAAGCUGCGUAUAAUUAUUCAGAGGGUACGGACAUUAUCCUUCUGGCCUACAUGCGGUCCGGCUCGACUUUCCUCGGGAACCUGCUGGGCUGGAGACCGGAUGUGUUCUACUGGUUUGAGCCCCUACGUAACUUACGACUUUGGGACUACAUCCGGGAUUUUGACCUUUUGUGCAAUGUUGUUCAGCCCUCUUGCAAUAUAAUCCCAGAAACUGACGCGAGGUCCCUGCAGAAUGCCCUGUCAUUGCUUGACGACAUCUUACACUGCCGGCUGGCACAUCGGGUCAACGAGUCCACGGAUCUCAAUUAUUCCCCGGAACAAGCCUCACCAAGUUGGCAAAGGCAUUUGAACUGUACGGCUGUCAACAAUGGAAGCAAACUGCAUCCAAAGUGCGUCUCGUAUCUGGAAGAAGACUGCCAUAAAGCGUCGCAUCGUAUGGUCAAAGCCCUCCGGAUAGACCUGAACAGCGUCUCUUUGCUACUUCAUAACAAUCCGCGAUUAAAAAUAGUGCAUUUGCUACGCGACCCGCGCGGGAUUAUCAACAGUCGUUUGCGCACAUUUUGGUACGCGGCAUUCUUGAAAACUGAUGCGGCAAUAAGCGACGACAUUCAGGUGAUUUGUUCUCGUCUGCGUAAUAACAUAGAAUCCGGAAUACGUCUGCUGAAAAUAUACCCUAACAGGGUGAAGUUAAUUCAGUAUGAGGACGGAUUUAAUGUGAAAAGCCCAAAGAUAAGCAAAUUAUAUGAAUUUCUUAAUAUUGAUGAACCCAAAGACAUUCACGCGAACGAGAUCGAUAAACUUUCAUCGACAUACUACGCCAAUAGAACGGACGGGUUUAAUCCGUUUUUAUACAGGCAGCAGUUACCGUGGAACGUGGUUGCUAUGGUAAACAAUCACUGCGCAGACGUGAUGUCCAACAUGGGUCUGCGCAUGUUCAGAAGCGAAGCGGAACUCAGAAAUGAAAGCAUUCCAGUGAUAUAUUCGAAACUUACGUAUACAAUAUUAUAGUUAAAAUAUGCUCGUCAGUUUCAAGAAUAAUUAUGCGACUGGUCGAAAGAUACCGUAAUUAAGUUCGAACAAUUGCUGUUAGCUACUUAUUAUCUGUGUAGAAUUGUGUAGAACCACCCAUUUAAUGUAUGCGAGCAUCCAUGACGUACAAAUGCACGCAUGGUGAAGGUUAUUAAACCAACUACAGACCAAGACUUGCCAUUAGUCCAGAUGACCCGCGCCCUGGAAGAACCAGACUUAAUGCAUGUGCGUAAUGUGUUGUCACAAAUUAGCCUGUGCAGUCCGCAUAGGCUAAUCAGGGACAACACUUCCCGCCUAGAAAGGAUAUUUGUUAAGAAGAGACUUUCUGUAAACGAAAAUUCCAUUAAAAAGGAAAGGGGACUGCACAUGCUAAUCUAAGAUGACACUUUACGCACAUGAAUAAAGCCCCUGUUUUCUAGACCGGUAUUAUCCACUAUAUAACUCUUAGUUGACGGGAGUACCGGGAACAAUAAUGAACAUGGGAAAUAUUGGUCAAAAAGUAGGUUUAAUACUGACAUCAAAGUACUCAAUCUUAUUUAUUAAAUCUUAGACUGAUCAAGUAGUACACACAUUGGCAAAGAAGCACCCCAUUUGUUGCAUUUGUAACAAGAGAAUUUCGUUGUUGCUUGCCAUCUGCAGUACGUGAUAUAAUUAUCCUCCUGACUACAUGUAUAGACAACUCAGAGAUAUAAGACUAUUAUACUAUAAUAUUAAAUGUUAAUAUGAUCCAUUAGUGUGAUAUAUAUUUAUUUUUUUAAUUACAAGAAAAGUGGGUGGGGGUAAAUAACAAAUAUGAAGAAAACAUGCCAAAAGUGCCUGUUAAUAUAUGUUGAGUUUGUGUCAAAUCGCUCAGACAAGAAACAUUUAAUAUUGCGUGUAUGUUUUUGCAAAGAAAAACACCGCUAGUUGAUACAAUUGGAUAUGUAUACAGGCAUAAUAAUUUUGAAAAAAUAAUUAUUUAUUGGAAAUCACAACGUGUUUUUACAGUGUUCAUUAUUGAACUUAGGAAGUCACGAACUAACCAAACAAACAACAACCUUGCAUUAUACAUAAAAGGGCUUUCAAACUUAGAAAUUUAUUUGAUAUUUACUAUAAUUACUUGUUAACAUUAUAAAGUAAA